UGACACUUUUUAAUCAAAAAGUGAAUAACUGUAUUUUUACGUUAUCAGCAACGCCAACAAUAGUAUAAGUGAUAUGUUGGCAAAGUUUGAAAUAUUUAGUUGUCGAAGUGAACUCGUAAGCAAUUGCACAAUAAUAAUUAACAAGGUGGUGGGUAUCAGACACCGAUGAAAAAAUGAAAGGUAACAGCACAAUAUUGGUGACAGGAGGUGCCGGAUAUGUGGGCUCUCACACAGUGGUAGAGCUGCUCAAAAAUAACUACACUGUUAUCGCUUUAGACAACUUAGUCAAUUGCUAUGCCAAAGAUGUCGACGAAAAACCAGAGGCUCUCAAGAGAGUCGAGCAAAUUACAGGCAAGAAAAUCACUUUUUAUAAUGUCGACAUUAGGGAUAGAGAUGCUUUGGAUAAGAUUUUCAAAGCUAACAAAAUUGAUUCAGUUAUACACUUUGCUGCACUGAAAGCUGUAGGGGAAUCGGUCAAAGUUCCUUUGAUGUAUUAUCAGAACAAUAUUGGUGGUUCUGGGACAUUAUUUGAGGUAAUGGGUAAAAACAAUGUGAAAAAAUUAGUCUUCUCUUCAUCGGCCACCGUGUACGGUACCCCUCAGUUCCUGCCCAUCACCGAGAACCAUCCUACAGGACAAGGCUGCACCAACCCUUACGGAAAAACCAAAUACUUUGUGGAGGAAAUUCUAAAGGACUUAUGUACAAGCGAUCCAGAAUGGAAAGUUAUUUUGCUGAGAUACUUUAACCCGGUUGGAGCUCACGAGUCUGGUUUGAUUGGCGAAGACCCAUCGGGGAUUCCUAAUAAUCUUAUGCCUUACAUUUCACAAGUUGCAGUUGGACGCAGAGACAAAUUACAAGUUUUUGGUGCUGACUACCCAACCCAAGACGGUACAGGUGUAAGAGACUACAUUCACAUUACAGACUUGGCAAUUGGGCAUUUGAAAGCUUUAGAAAAAAUGCUUUUGCCUGCUUUCAACUCGUGGAAGGCUUACAAUUUAGGAACAGGUCAUGGUUAUUCUGUUUUGGAUGUAAUUAAGGCCUUUGAAAAAGCCUCAGGUGAAAAGGUGAAAUAUGAAAUUGUUGGGCGAAGAGAGGGCGAUAUUGCCGAAUGUUAUGCUGACGCUUCUUUGGCAAAAUUGGAACUCAAUUGGACGGCCACUAGGGACAUUUUUGUUAUGUGCAAAGACACGUGGAAUUGGCAACAAAAAAAUCCUAAAGGAUUCGAAAGUGCCUGAUUUUAGUUGAUUAUUUGGGAUGGUUUUUGGAAGGUUUUUCUAAAAGUUAUCCCUCAUCUCUAUGAAGUGAUUAUUUUUUGCUUUAGAGAUGUUACUAAUGCUUAUUGCAUUUAUUUUAUAUAAGUGAUUGUUUUAAAAGUGCAUUUAUUUUUAUUCCAGCUAUUUAUUUUUUUAAUUUAUUGUGUAUUUUAACUAUUUCCAGCCAGAGAUUUUAUGUAAAUUUGUUUUUGUCCCAGUAUUGAUUAAAUGAAAUUGACAUGUAUGUGUAUAUUAUGUUAUGUGGAUAUUUA